UUCUAAAAUAAACUAUAUAAAUAAACCUUAAAGAGAGUAAAAAAAAAGAAAAAAAAGAAUAGGUUUUUGUUCCGUUUUGUUGGGAAUCUGAUAAUCCAAAAGGAAGAGGCCGCAGACACACAAAUAAAAAGAACAGAGAGAGAGAUAGAGAGCGGAGAAGAGAUGGGGAGUGAAAGCAAACACGAAGGGGGAGUUAUGCUGAUACCGGGAGCGUCAAAAAAGGUAGUGCAGAAUAUUAAAGAGAUUGUUAACAAGAAUUGUACGGACGCAGAGAUCUACUCAGUACUUUGCGAUUUUAAUAUGGACGCUGAUGCCGCUGUUCAAAACCUCCUUAAUCAAGAUCCUUUUCAUCAAGUGAAGAGCAAACGUGAAAGAAGAAAAGAGAUGAAGGAAACACAAGAAUCAAUGGCUCGGGGUAAUAACAAUGGUUAUCAUGGAGUUAAAGCUGGUGGUGAAUAUAAUUUUGGGCCUGUACCAUGCCAAAUCAGCGAUAAUGACCUUGGUAAAGCUGCAUAUAGGAAAGAGAAUGGGUCGGCUGCUCAUCCGGGGCCUUCAUCAACUUUAAUAUAUCGUGUGAAAUUGAAAAAUGAGCAGCCUUCAUCCAACAAUGAUUCUUGCAAUCCUGAUGACAGCAGGCAAACUAAAGCUACAGGAACUGGAGAUACCAUUUUGUCAUCUGCCCAAUUGUCAUCAAGAACUCAAGCUGCUUGGUCAGGAGGUACUACAGGACAUGUUUCAAUGGCUGACAUUGUUAGGAUGGGUAGGCCGCGCAGCAAAGGUUCCCAAAAUACGAUGGACACUUCUUGCACACCUCAAGAUGUAGUAGGUUCAGUAAACUCAUCCCAGUACUGUCAUAAAUCUUCAUGUGAUUCCUCUCCAUCUCCACCAGAAAUGCACAAAUGUCUGCAAUGCCCACAUCCUUCUCAGGUGCCUGAGACAAUUCACGAGUCUGGUGUUGCUGCAAGCUCUCAUGAUGAAUGGCCAGUGUUUGAGCAGCAAACAGCUGCUGACCACCAAUUAGAGGAGGUACAAGCAUCAGAUAGGGAUGCUGCUAACAAGAAUCCAGGUUCUUAUUGUGCUGAAUCUGCCUUUUCAUGUAGAGGACAGGAAAAUGUGAAUACUGUUGUAGGUGAUUCUCAUAGGGGUGAUUGUUUACUGAAGGAUAAAACUUACGAUUCUCGGAGCUGCAUGGAUGAUCACUGUGAAGGAACUGGAAGUGGCUUCCAUUUACGUUUUCCAAAUUGUGCUGCACCUUUGAAUGAUGAAGUAUCAUCAGCUGCUGUGAACUUGCAGCAGCUAAGUUUGGGGAAGGAGGAGCCUGCAUUGCCUCCAUCUGAGGAUAAUCAUGCGGUGGUGUUUCCUGAUUAUAUGCAAGCCUUUGCUGCUGACUGGUCACAUUUGAGUUUUGGUACAUACAAAUCUGGGGCUUACAAUGCAGUUUCUGGGGGCUCAAUAGCUUCAACUCCUGUAAAAACUAACUUGGAGGAGACUUCUGCAGCAGCAAAUAGUUCAUCUGCUCUGUGCAAGGAGAUCAGAAAUCCAGAGCACCUUGAUGAGUACCUUCGAGAUGAGCAACUCAGAUCCAUAUCCAAUACACAUCGAUUUACUGCAGGUGUUGGGAUUAAUAACAUGCAUGUAUAUUCACAGCAAGAGCUAAUGAGACAAAACAUUCAUGAAGUAUCCCAUAGGCACAAAUACACCCAUCCAUCAUCUGUACCUGAUUCUAAUUUUAAGAAAACCCAAGAACGGGAUUGUCCCUUGAGUGUUAGGAUACAUCCACAAGCUAGGAACCUUUCUUCUCUUCAUAUGGAACUGCAAGCUAGGGCAACAACUAUACCAAUGGAUAUGUUUGCAUCAAGUAUUCAAUCUUCAAGAGGUUCUGAUUAUGCUUCAUCUUUCCUUGGAACCCAAUCAAUGCCCUCAAGAUUUGAUAGUACUGUAUCAUCCACUGGCAAUCCAGCCAUCUCCCAGUCAGAGAUUCCGAGCCGGGUUGCUUUUUCUCUACCUAUGUCAUAUUCACCGACACUGCCCAGUGCUAAUAUUGUCCCACAAACCACACUUCCCCAGCAUCCGUCAACUAAUUUGCACAAUCAGUCUAUUGUUUCCUUGGAAGAGCUGGCCAAUUUGACUGGCUAUCCUGCUAUGCCUCGGAACUAUGCUCGUAAUCCAUCUGCUUUUCAGCAAGCUUAUCAAGAUAGCACUGUGUUCCAUGAUUCCCUGUCAAACAUGGGCUACAGCCACGCACAAUACAAAACAGGUGUUUCCAGGAGCAAUUUGCCCUUGUCUGAUGUGAACAUUUCUGGUUAUGGAGGUUUAGGGAUCCCUGCCAACUCUCCUGGAGCCAUUUUGCAAGCUGCUGCCCCUACUGGUUCUGCAGGUGGCUAUGAUAUUUUCCAUUCUCAGUAUCAAGAGAGAAAUAAUUUCACCACACGUCAACAGGUAAUGAAUGAUGGCUCUUCAAGAACGAUGGCAGCCCUCCUAGACAACGGAUAUUUGAGUUUGACUGGACAGAGUCAACCGCUUUCUGAAUAUCCACAAGGUCAGCAGCAGCGCUCACAUGAUCAUAGGUCCCUAUUGCACACACAUAAUUAUCAACAAGGUCAGCAGCUCUCACAGGAUUACGGUGCUCCAUUUCAUCAUGCAAAUGCUUAUCCUUCUCAAGCCGGAAUUCGACCAGAACAACCACGCCAAAGCCUUAGUGACCUUAGUAGUUCUCAAGGGCCUGCACCCGAGCAAUUACAACAUCUCUGGCAGCAGAGCUACUUAUCAUCUAAUUGAUCACACCACUUUGAAUGAACAGCUGCUGAUGGUUCCUGUAUCUCCUUUUGUGGCGAGUUAAAAAGUGGCAAGCUAGGUUGUUUUUUGCAGUUAAAAGUUAAUCUGUCCAAUUUGUAAAUGCUUUAAACAGGUUUAUCCAAUGCCUCAGUUUUGAGAUGCAGCACCGCACCCAAGUAUUUUACCAAA